AUGGGAAACUAUAUGUUCUUUGGGGUUCUACGUGCAUCACAGUUAUUCAACAGUUUUUAUUGGAAUUAUAAAGAUUAUUACGUAGCCACCUGGACCUUUAAUCAGCUCUAUAUAUCAGUAUUUCUACGAUGUUUUGGCGUAUUGCUCAUCUCCUUUCAACGAUAUAUUUCUAUGUGCAAGAAUGGUCGUCUUAUCGAGCAGGUCAUCAACGUCUCCCAUAGAUGGGUACUUCCAAUAUUGCACUGGACAAUUCCAACACUCUACUCCAUUCCUCUCCUUAUCAUCGGAACUGCCACCUUCAAAACCAAAGAGAAUCUCGAACUAAUCGCCCCAAAGGAGCAUAUAACUAUGGCCUGUUCGAUGGCCUGUUUUUUCGUUUCCACGACUUUUAUUAUUUGUAGUUACUGUUAUGGUGCUAUGCUGAAAUUCCUGAUCCAGAAUAGAUACAGUACUAGCAGUGCUGUUAAACGAGAAGGUCGCCUUUAUAUACAGAUGUCAGGACUAUUCAUUGGUUUCAUGCUCUUUUUCGUCUUCAAUAUUGUACAACUGGUAUUUUCACUUUAUACGAAUGAGGGAGUCACGAUAGCAGUGAGGACAAUAUUUCCAUUGCUGAGCUGCUUCUUCUCUUACGUCAACGCCUGGAUGACACUGAUAUUAAAUACGGACAUCAGGAGAAAAAUUAUACUUUUAAUUUCAUGCCGUCGUCUACAGCAAAAGGUGAGUUGA